AUGCCUUCAUUCUCACUUAUCAAAGAGAAUAAGGAAAUAAUUAGCACCGAAGAGCCCCACCCUAAUCGUCAUCAACGGAUCACAUGGGCGGUGGUCUUACCUCGACUUUUCGGACGAUACGUUCAUCCCACUGAGAUCUUGCGUGUGGCCAUUCUUGUUCCACCACUGUCCAUUAAAGCUCAGGAAUUUCUCGAUGAGCCCUGGUUCGCAACUUGGGCCAAGCAUCCACCUGAAGUCGUGUUAUCGAUGCUCGCGCAUAAAUCUCGAUUAACCGGUCCGGUCGCAUAUCCGCCCACGGCUCGUGCUCGAGGAAACGCAAAGGACCGCUGUCGUAACAGUCUGGCAGGACAAGGGGGGCCUCCGAAGGUUUUGUGGAAGCUGACUUUGGGUUCGGUGAAGGGAGAUUUGUACUACCGGGAGCGUUUCGUGUGGGACUGGGCGGAACUUUUGCCUCGAGCGAGUCAACGACUUCAUGGGUGGCACACAUCAUUCGGUCGAGAUAAAAGAACCGCCACCUGCACUCCGAUUUGCCACAGCGAGAAGGACAAGUGUACAUCGUCAUAG